CAGAGAAGAAAAGAAAAGAGGGAAGAAAGCGACUCAGUGCUCGUGGUAAGCCAAGUUCUUCUUAGCGCUCGUACGGCUACAAAGGCUCUCACUCUCUCGUUCUGGCUCUCUCUCUUUCACACACACACAGACAGACACACACUUCACCAGAUCACACACACUCAAAAACACAAAGCAGAAGUGGACAAAGACACAAAGUUUCAGUCGCUACAGUCGGCUAUGGCGCAGGGCUCUGACAGCAAUGACACAAGUUACAAGUCCCCAUCACCUGGAAGCAGACAGAGCUCAGACGACCCAAAGAAGGUGAUGCGGCGCGAGAAGAAUCGAAUCGCUGCCCAGAAGAGCAGGUUGAGGCAAACUCAAAAAGCUGACAGCCUUCACUUGGAGAGUGAGAACCUGGAGAAGGAAAAUGCCGCCUUGAGGAAGGAGGUGAAGCAGCUGACAGAGGAGGCCAAGUAUCUGUCGUCUGUGCUGAGCAGCCACGAACCUCUGUGCACCGGCCUGGCUCCUCAGACCCCGGACCUCCUCUAUCCUCCUCAUCACAGCAGCUACAGCACCAGCCAAAAGUUUGGGGUGUAUCCAAACUUUUGACUGGCACUGCACCACCGCCAGCAAAUCGCUGUACCACACUACCAGCGCUAACCCCCUCCCCCUCCCAACUGACUACUGAAGAUGUACUGCGAAACAGACGACUGACCUCAAUGGAGAGAGACUGACUGGAGAUAUUUCAAUCAGUGUUAAAAACCUGAUCACAGAGUAACAUGACAGACCAACGUGUCUGCCACACACGGCAGCCAAACUGUAAUUAUUUAUUUCGCUUCUGCUCGUCUCUCUGCUUUUCUGAUUUAUUAUCAGCAAUCUAUCUGUGAACUUAAAUGGCUCAUUGAGUAGAAUUAUCAGCCAGUCCAUGUUUACACAGAGUGAAGAACCAACCUAGUAUAUAAAUGUUGAAGUGACUCAGGCGAUAUUUUUGUAAAUUGCAUACUUUUAGUGUGAAGGAGAGCCACCUUUAUCAUCUCACCCACCUUGUUUUGUUUUUGUUUUUUCGUUUUGUUUUUGUUUUUUGUGUUGUUCACUGUUUUAGUGUGUUACUGUUGAUUGCUAAUUCUCAGGACCUUUUGACAGAUUUGAUUGUGGACAAAGAGAAUGUAAAGUCAAGAUCCUAAGAAAAGAGGUUUUUCAGACUGUGUACCAAAAAAAAAAAGCAAUUGUUGAUGAUGAAGAAUUGGAACCUGGCGUUCAAAAGGUCUUGACUUCUGUUGAUAAAGCUGAUAUGUGAGAAGAGCCAGCUGAUCUAUUUAUUAAAUGUAAUGCCUUUUAGGAUGA